UCCAUACGUCAGUGCUUGCGAUUUUUUUUCCUUUUCUUAUUUUUUUCUUCCCUAUUUUUCUUUGGUCUGGCGCUGGUUGCGACUUCUCAAUCACUGCUUGCGUUCGCGCCCUCGGAUUCGCUAUAAAUUAGUACUCUCAGUGAGCCCACAAAUCAUACUUCUCAAUCUCCUCACAGCGAAGUCUCGAAGAAUCAUCCAUGGCUGCCUACGUGGAAGAAGUUCUGCCUCCGUCGUUGGAUGCCACUGCCGAACAACCUCCACUCUUCGACGGAACUACCAGGUUGUAUACUGCCUACAUAUGCCCUUAUGCACAACGUGUGUGGCUCACCCGGAAUUUGAAGGGACUACAAGAUAAAAUUAAGUUAGUUCCCCUCAACCUGUUUAAUAGGCCUGACUGGUAUAAGGAGAAAGUAUACCCUACAAACAAGGUUCCAGCUUUGGAACAUCAUGGAAAAGUUAUUGGAGAAAGCCUUGAUCUGAUAAAAUAUGUUGAUGGCAAUUUUGAAGGGCCUUCUCUUCUCCCAGAUGAUCCUGCUAAAAGAGAGUAUGGAGAAGAGUUGCUAAACUACAGUGAUACAUUUAACAUCGGGAUAAUUUCUUCGUUUAAAGGCGAUACAGCAAAGGAAGCUGGUGCUCAAUUUGAUUACUUAGAAAAUGCUUUGAAAAAAUUUGAUGGCCCCUUCCUCCUUGGAGAAAUCAGUCAGGUGGAUAUAGCAUACAUUCCAUUUGUUGAAAGAUUCCAAGUUUUCUUAUUAGAGGCUCUCAAGUAUGACAUCACUGAAGGAAGGCCUAAACUAGCUGCAUGGAUUGAGGAGUUCAACAAGAUUGGUGCCUACAAGCAAACAAAAGCCGAUCCCAAGCUCGUCGUCGAAGUUUACACGAAGCGAUUCUUGGGCAAAGAAUGAACACUAGGGAGGUCAGUGUGUUGUCAUAUAAUACUCAAUAAGCAGCUUGACAUGUCGACAGACACACUUGACAACAUGUUUUUCUAUUGUAUUUGCUUGUCAUGUAUUUUGGUAGAGUCUUGAGUGUUGUAUUACGUUCAUGCAUUAUGAAUAAAGUUGGGUGUUAGGUACUUUUUAAGGAUGUUUUCAUGUGGGAGUGGGGAUCGAACUCUCGACCUCUUGUUUGGAGAUAUACGCCAAUUACCGUUAAACUAAUAUCCACUUUGACUAUCUUUUAAGGAUGUUAA